AUGAAGUGUCCUCCUGGCGAUGAGCAAAAUAUUCUGCUGGACGAAGUGUGCAGGGAAGUGCUCAGCAACACCAUUUACUACAUCGACACGAACUACCAUGAAAUAACAAAAAGAAACAAGGUAGACCAGAGUAAAGUGAAAGAAAAAAGAGAAGAGCUGGAAACAGUCCAGAGAGAGCUCGAGACAAUAGAAGAAAGCAUAAAAAAAGAAGAAGAGAGAAUAGAGAGCCUGAGAAAAAUAGCACAAACCGAAAGAGUAGAGGGAACUGUCGAUCUGAGAGAGCUGCUCAAAAAAGUGGCAGAGAGAAAGAAUGAUCUACACUCCCAAACAGUGUCCUUUUCCUCUGCAUCGCCGCAGGAUGUUCUCUACACGGUAAACUUCACCAACACAGAAGUGCAGAGCACCGCAGAGGAUAAAGUGGAGGCCCUGGAAAAAAUAAAAGAAAUACUGUCAAUGUGA